ACGGUGGGGAGGCUGAGGCUGAGGCUCAGGCGGGACACAGGCGGCCGCACGGCACGGCCACGAUUAGAAAUGGUGUCCGCUCCAGUGAGGCCGGCGAUGGAGAGGCGGAAGGCCGGCCCGCUCGCCCGCCGUGCGGGAAAGCGAUGCUAAACCCACAGCGUGAAGGGAAGGCGGCCGUCGGGCGGCGGGCCGGUUGUCUGGGAAACGGAGCAGGGGGUCACGUGAGCGGCUGCGGGCCGGCCGGUCACGUGGGAUGGAGCUUCGGGGAUGAUCACGUGGGUGUUGGCUCCUGUCACGUGAGUGAGAGAGAGUUGACCGGGCGCUCCGCUUGCAUCUGGAGAUCACAGCGAUGUCUGCAGAAGAAUGGUCGCCGCUGCUGGACCCGGCUGCCCACUCCAGCACCCAGGAGCUGCAAUAUUUCAGUAAAGUAAGGAACAAGAAUCUCUACCUGGCCACAUUUGCUGCUGUUUUGGGACCCCUCAGUUUUGGAUUUGUCCUUGGUUAUAGUUCUCCUGCAAUUCCAGAACUGCAGUCUAAUCUAAACCCAGAUCUGAAACUUGAUUCCACUCAGGCUUCCUGGUUUGGGUCAUUAGUAACUGUAGGUGCAGCCGUCGGCGGCAUAAUAGGAGGAUGGAUCAUUGAUAAAGUUGGCAGAAAACCAAGCCUGAUGAUGUGUGGUCUUCCGUUCAUUAUUGGGUUUGUCGUAAUUGUUGGAGCACAGAACAUCUGGAUGCUUUACACUGGCCGACUAUUGACUGGAUUAGCCAGUGGAAUAGCAUCACUUGUGGUGCCAAUUUACAUUUCUGAAACGUCUCACCCUAAAGUACGAGGGCUGUUGGGAUCUUGUGUUCAGCUGAUGGUGGUAAUAGGAAUCAUGGGUGCAUAUGUUGGCGGAAUGAUUUUGCCUUGGUAUUGGCUUGCUGUGCUAUCUUCUGUUCCACCAACCGUGAUGGUAAUACUAAUGUAUUUCAUGCCGGAAACCCCAAGGUACCUACUGAGCAAGAACAAACACUCUGAAGCACUGGCUGUUCUGGCAUGGCUCAGGGGGCCUGAAGCAGAUCAUGACUGGGAAUGCCGUCAGAUUGAAGAGAGUUGCAAUGCACAGGAUACCAAAUUUUCACUUUCAGAGCUGAAAGAUUCAGCAGUUUACAAGCCUUUCCUUAUUGGGAUAUUUCUGAUGCUAUUUCAGCAGCUAAGUGGAAUCAAUGCUGUUAUGUUUUACGCUGAAACCAUCUUUGAGCAAGCAAAUUUUAAGCACAGCAGUGAAGGUUCGGUAAUAGUUGGUGUUGUCCAGGUUGUUUUCACUGCGAUAGCUGCUCUUAUCAUGGACAGCGCAGGCAGAAAAAUUCUCUUGGCAAUAUCAGCUUUGAUCAUGUCCUUCAGUGCAGCAGUCUUUGGAGUGUACUUUAAAAUCUGGCAAGAAGACAUCAAUAAUUCUUCUCUUCACAAAGUUGACAUUCAGAAUUCAGUUUCUAUGGCAACGCAUGCUCCAACCUGGUUGCCCCUUGUCUGUCUAGUUAUUUUUAUAGCAGGUUUUGCCAUUGGCUGUGGCCCAAUUCCAUGGCUGGUGAUGUCUGAGAUAUUUCCAGUGCGGGUGAGAGGCAUAGCAAGUGGAGUAUGUGUCCUAACCAACUGGUCAACCGCAUUUCUAGUAACUAAGGAGUUCAAUGAUCUUCUUGAGAACAUCACUCAAUAUGGGACCUUCUGGCUCUUUUCAAGUUUCUGUUUCAUGAAUUUCCUCUUUGCGAUUUUCUUCAUGCCCGAAACAAAGGGGAAGACCCUUGAACAAAUUGAGGCCCUCUUUAGAGGACCUGCCCAUGGACUGGCAGACUGAAGUACUUGUUUUAAAAGACACCGUUGGUGAAUGCUGUCGAUCUGUUAACGUUAUGCACAGAUUUUUAAAGAGUUUUUUAAAUAAUACUGCAGCUGAGCCCUCAUCGUAUUCAAAUUGUCAAAGUUGUACCUUUGAUUUGUUUAGUAGAUAGUUUACAGGGAGAAUGGCAAAAUCUUUGGGUCUAUUAUAUGCCGCUCAAUAGCGUCGCUGCCGGCUUGGCCAAAAUGACAGUGGUAUCAUUACCAUGGUUAAUGGUAUGAAUACAUUUUUAAUGGAUUUUACCUUUGUUGAUAAUCAUCUGUGUUUUAAUUUUAUAUUAGUGCAGAACUACCACAGAUUUUUACCUCACGGUUAUUUUUAUCUAGCCAAGUGUGAUUAACAAACCGGACAUCCAUUUUGCUUCUCUCAAUUUUCAUUUUCAUUCCAUCCAUUUGGAACGGUAAAACUAGCUUUCUGCAUUUUUUAUUCAUCCAUGUCAAAAUGACAAUUUUUUAAUCUUUCUACUCCACUUUUUGUGUUUGCAUUUUUUAAAAUAAAACUGCAUUGCACCCCAUUUUUGAUUGGGUAUGGGAUCAUUGGGUAUGGGGUGCAUUAAUCAUUUCUACCUUUUUAGAGCUUGUGGAAUUACUGUGGAAUUCCAACAAGGGGCCAAGAUCUAAAAUUGUUGUCGUCAAUUCAGGAAUGAAGCUGAUACAAAUAAGCUGCAGGACACAUUGUCUGCCUAAAAAUAAAUAAAAUAGUGCCAGAAAAAUGCUAGAAACACUCAAGGUCAGUCAGCUUCUGUGGACAGAGAGUGUUAACGUUGCAGGUCCGUCAGUUUUUAAUGGCGUGCCUGCUUAAAGCACAGAGGCUCUCUUAAGAUGGAGGAUCUGGUGUAUGUGGACACUUUUAAUUGAAAUAAGCAAGAGAUGGCAAGGUUCAUUGUAUUGCAGAAUACUUGAGUAAAAUUUUAAUAUUUGGCUUCCCAACUUGAUGUCCAAUGAAUAUUUUGAAGCUGAAAACGUACCAGACAGAAAUUGGUGAACUUUUAUCAUACUAUUUUAAGCGUAACUAGAGUUGAUAGGCAUGUAGACAAAAGUGCUGGAGAAACUCAGCGGGUGCGGCAGCAUCUGUGGAGCGAAGGAAAGAGGCAACGUUUCGGGCCGAAACCCUUCUUCAGACUGAUGGGCAUGUAUGUU